UGUGCUGGCGCGCUUCACGUUUCAGCGGCGCGCUUCAUAACCAAAAGCGCAUGAGCCGAAUUGAGAAGAAACUUAAUUGAAAUGAGAGAAAGUUAAAAAAAAAAAAAAAAAUCAAGCAAAAAACAAAAAACAAAAACAAACUUCACCCUUUUAACUUCAUGACUCUAUUGUUUUGAAACUUUUUCGAGGAUUCAAAUUUUUUUUUGUAUGUUGGAUUACCGACUCCGUGGUUUCUCUCUGUGGCGCGCGCGGAGGUGGACGAUGAGUGAUCGCAUUCUGCGGGUGCUGGAGACGCAGUGCCUCUGUAAAGAGGUGACAUGCUGAUGGUGGCAGAGUGAUGAUCUGACUCACAGGCUGAGGGAUGUUCCUGCGGCUGCUCCUGAUCCUGCUAACAUUCUCGUCACACACACAGGUCUGUUUGGCUCUGAAGGAGCUACGAGAGCAAUGGGCUGUCUACAGGAAUGAAUGCAUUCAGAGCUUCAGCAGCAGCCCACCUGCUACAGGUUUGGUGUGUAACAGGACUUUUGAUCACUACACAUGUUGGCCUGAUGGCUUGCCUGGCUCCAUCGUUAACGUUUCCUGUCCGUGGUAUCUGCCGUGGUAUCACAAAGUUAAGCAGGGUAAAGUGUAUCGAGUGUGUGGUGCAGACGGUCGAUGGGCCGACGGGAAAAACACCACAGAGUGUGACGAGAAUGACGUGCGACUGGAAGAGUAUUGGCGGAUUGUAAGUAAAUUCAGGGUCAUGUAUACAGUGGGUUAUUCACUCUCUCUGGCAGCUUUGGUCCUUGCUCUUGGAAUCCUUGCAGCCUUCAGGAAGUUACACUGCAUGAGGAACAACAUUCACAUGAAUUUGUUCGGUUCGUUCAUCCUGCGUGCCGUGUCGAUCUUGGUGAAAGACGCACUGCUGGAUCUGAUCAACACACAGACAGGACAAUACCACAACCAGGACCAGAGCAUGUUUGACAUCAAGAUAACUGCAGGAUGUCGGGUCGCCAUGGUGAUGAUGCAGUACAGUGUGAUAGCGAAUAAUUACUGGUUGUUGGUGGAGGGUUUGUACCUGCACAGCCUCCUGGUCAUAACCGUCUUCUCAGAGAGAAACUACUUCUACGUGUACCUGUGCAUCGGCUGGGGUGCGCCGGUGAUAUUCGUGUUGCCGUGGGUGACAUUGAAAUAUCUGUAUGAAAAUGAUCUAUGCUGGGAGAAGAAUGUAAACAUGGGCUACUGGUGGAUCAUCCGCUCACCCAUCUUGUUUGCUUAUCUGAUUAAUUUCUUUAUAUUUAUUAGAAUUAUAAAGAUCCUGAUGUCCAAACUUAAAGCUCAUCAGAUGAGGUACACAGACUAUAAGUUCAGAUUGGCUAAAUCCACACUUACGCUGAUUCCACUGUUGGGGAUUCACGCCAUCCUCUUCACCUUUGUCAUCGAUGAGUCCGUGGACAGAGAAUCUCUCUUGCGGCUCAUUCGCCUCUUCUAUGACCUUUUCUUCAGCUCUUUCCAGGUCAGAGGUCAAAAGGGUUUGCUGGUGGCCAUUUUGUACUGCUUUGUUAACAAAGAGGUACAGAAUGAGAUGUUGAAGCGAUGGAAGCGUUGGAAGCUUGGGAAAGACAUUGAGGAGGAAUAUCGCAACACACACAGCCAAACGGCUCAUGGGAAGGGCGCUAGUGGCAACAUGCCUUUACCGCCGGAACGUUCAGACACCCCUGACUCUGCAGCUUCAGCCCCGCCCGCAGAGGAGAGCCGCCAUCUUGUGGUUAUCUGCCAGAACGGUGCAAGGCUGGCGCAAGGGAUCAGCAGGGCGGGGCUUCAGGAGGGCACCAGUAACUGCAGCUCUCUGACUGAGGACAUCUGCUUAGAGGAGCGAAUUCACAACACAAACCAUCCAGUAGGGACAGAGGAAUGUGACGUCUGAGGAAAAUCUUACUUCUUGAGGUUUUUGAUGGUAAUCGGUUUUAAAAAGGGGAUAUGAACAGUUUCUCGUGAUCGAAAAAUGGUGCACACCGGGAACAUCAUUCCUGUUUUGCAAAGGGAGGGGCGGGGUUUCUGCUGGACAUACAGUGUGUUAUUUGACCCUCACUAGCCAUCAUACUGCACUAAAUAAUGCCUGGGUGUGAAUAUUUGGCUGUAUUCAAAAUUGUGGCUUUAUGUAAAUAAAAAAGAGAACAUGACAACUUUAAGCUAUUGCAGGUAGAUCAGUAGCUAGCUAGUCAGUUCAUACGGCUCUGACUGCACACGCAAAGCCACAAAGCUUCGACUUUAUUUCACGAUGAGCUCAGACAAGUCGGCCGUUGUGAAGUAAAGUGAUGCUUGACGAUAUUUCCGAAUGUUAAAACACAAAUGUUCACAGUGCAUUAUGGAAAAUUUCAUGACCACUUGCUCAGCAGGACAAUUUAAAAAUUACAACUUAAUGUGGCUCCUAGCAAAUGAACAGAUGUUCAAGCUGGUGUUCGACUCCCUGUAUCGACUGUUGAUGAAUCGGGUUUCGCUUUCUCCCCGAGCAAGCAGCCAGCAGAGCUGAAAAUCUCAUCAUAGGAUUAAAUUUUAAAAUUGACCUAACAUACAAUUGGGUAUUUAUGACCUUACAAGGGCCCAAAAUGACCCAAACCUUCCACAUGGAUGAAAAUGGCAAUAGUUUAUCCAUGUUUCAAUGCAUUUCCUUCAUGGUGUCCUGUGUUAUUGUGUUAAAAUAUUUCUGGUACCAUUGAGGUUGAUGUAUAAACACGUAACACGACACACACACACACACACACACACACACACACACACACACACACACACACACACACACACACACAAACUGCAUCAUUACAGUUCAGAAAUUCUACACAAAGGGGGAAAUAAGCCCUUUCCGUAUCAGAGUUUAAUAUCCAUUGGGUUUUGUUGGGCAAAUACUGUAAAAGCAUCCGUGUUGAGUAAACCUUAGUCCUCACCCACACGUGUAUGUGUGUGUGUUUCAGGAGAAAAGCUGCUGCCCUUCUGUAGAAAAUUGAUCGUCCUGAUCACAAACCUAACCACUGUUUCCACCAUUCCUUCUGAUAUAAUUUUUUUUUUUUUGGUCCCCAUAAAGUAGGUAUCAUAAGUCCUCAUAAGUGAUGCACACCAGAUUUCAGCAUUAACCUAGUUAACUAAUCCAAUUUCUUAAAUAUAGCCAUGAAAAAAAUAGUUGUUUGGGUGAAACAAAUCUGAAUUCAUCAGAAUUAAUCUAGUAUAUAUAUAUAUAUAUAUAUAAUAAAAUGAGUAAAUGAAGACACUAAAUUGAAAAACAUUGAAAAUAAAUUUUAAAUAAAAUUUUCUGUAAGUAGCAACUGUGAAAAGUUCCCACAUAACUUUAUAUACUGGCAGCUUGUCAGGCGUUUUGUGGUUUGUUUGCUUUUAUUCAAACACACAGGAGUACUAGAGCUGAAGAGACAGGGGUGAAGACAGGACUAUUUUUAAGGGUGGCAGCUACUCGUUUGUGUCAGUCCUGUGGCCACGCCCACAGAGAAAAAACAUUCCUGAUCUUAUAACAUCGUGAGGUAAAAACUAAUCCUAAUCAUGAUUCAAUAAGAGGAACCAAGAACUAUGUCCUCACAGCAUUUUCAGGUCUUCAUAAUGCUGUGAAAGGGAUGAAAUCUCCAUUAGGUAAUGAAUGACAACACUCUCUCUCUCUCUCUCUCUCUCUCUCUCUCUCUCUCUCUCUCUCUCUCUCUCUCUCUCUCUCUCUCUCUCUCUCUCUCUCUCUCUCUCUCUCUCUCUCUCUCUC